CUAAUUUCCUUAAUACAGGGCCGAGUUUCUCUUCCCGCCGUUUAUCAGUGAGUGAGAGCGCUCAGUUCAAACUUUGCGUCUAUUAAGAAACCCCAGAGCCCUCCAUUUUUCUCCCUAAUGCAAGUACAAGUACUACCAAACAUGCAAGCAAUAAGAGCCCUCCACUUCCAUAAACACUUACUCAAUCUGCCCCGAACAAACCCCUUUAAAUCAUCUCUCCAUUUCACUAUAAUAUGCAAACAUUCUCACCAUUUCCACUCCACUCCCCAACAACACUUUCCUAAAGAAUCCACUGCUGUACAGGGAUGGAAUGUUCCUCCAGUUUCCAAUUCCAAAAAUACCCCUCCAACAGCUCAACAAAACCCUAGUAAUGAAAACAUUCCACAAAGGGAGGAAUCUAAGGGUAGUAGGGUUUAUGAGGUUAUUACAGGGAAUGGGAAUAAGAAGAAGGGGAAAGGGAAGAGUAAAACAGUGUGGGUGUGUUCUGAUUGUGGGUAUGAUGAUGGGCAAUGGUGGGGGAUUUGCAAGCAGUGUAAUGGGGUUAAUACUAUGAAGCGGUUUUCCGAAGAGGUAGAGCGUCGUCCUACGAAUGGGUUUGAGGUUUCGGAGAAAGUGACGAGGUCGUGGCUGCCAAAUCAGUCUUCUAAAGAUAUGCCAACGAAAUUGACGGAUGUGAAUAAGGGAAUCAAUCAAUUGAACUGGCGAAUCCCUCUAUCUGGCCUUUUUGGAGCUGAAGUGGGAAGAGUACUCGGUGGUGGUCUUGUGCCAGGUUGCUUAGUUUUAGUUGGCGGUGAUCCGGGUGUUGGCAAGAGCACGCUAUUGUUACAGAUUGCAGCCAUAGUUGCAGAGGGGUGUGAUAUGGGGGGACCAGCACCAGUUCUCUAUGUGUCGGGUGAAGAGAGUGUUGAGCAAAUUGGAAACAGAGCUGAUCGAAUGAGAAUCGGGACAGAUGAAAUAUUUCUGUAUGCAAGUACAGAUAUUGAGGAUAUUCUGGAAAAGGCCCAAACACUCUCACUGCGAGCUUUGGUAAUUGAUUCCAUCCAGACUGUUUAUCUGAGAGGAGUAACUGGAAGCGCAGGAGGUCUAUCGCAGGUAAAAGAAUGCACAGAAGCAUUGCUGCGGUUUGCCAAGAAGACCAGUAUCCCUGUGUUUCUGAUUGGACAUGUGACUAAAUCUGGAGAAAUAGCGGGGCCUCGCGUCUUGGAACACAUAGUUGAUGUUGUUCUUUAUAUGGAAGGAGAGAAGUGUUCAUCUCAUCGUUUACUUCGUUCGGUGAAGAAUAGAUUUGGAUCCACAGAUGAGCUUGGAGUGUUUGAAAUGUCGCAAUCAGGCUUGCAGGCUGUUUCAAACCCAAGUGAAAUGUUCCUAAGUGAGCAGCAGUCUGAUUCUGAGUUUCUGGCUGGAUUAGCUGUUACUGUAAUUAUGGAUGGAUCUCGAGCCUUUCUUAUUGAAAUUCAGGCACUGUGUGUCGCUGGUUCAUCGGUCUCAAGACAAGUAAAUGGUGUUCAAGCUGGCAGAGCUGAGAUGAUAAUUUCAGUUCUUAUAAAGCAAGCUGGUCUCAAGCUACAAGAGAAUGGUGUUUUUCUCAAUGUUGUCAGUGGCAUUAGCCUGUCAGAGACUGCUGGUGAUCUUGCAGUAGCCGCAGCAAUUUGCAGCAGUUUUCUGGAAUUCCCUCUUCCUGUGGGCAUAGCAUUCAUUGGGGAAAUUGGCCUUGGCGGUGAAAUUCGUACGGUACCUAGAAUGGACAAAAGGAUAAAUACAGUGGUGAAGCUGGGAUACAAGAAAUGUAUAAUUCCCAAAUCAGCUGAAACAUCAUUGUCAGCAUUAGAUCUCGGAGAUACUGAGAUAGUGGCCUGCAGGAAUUUGAAAGAGAUGAUAAACAUUGUGUUCAGAAAACGCUGAGAUGGGUUGUUGUAAUUUUUUGGUGUAAAUGGUGAUGGAAUCUACACAGAUGGCAGUACUUUAUAUGAUCUAAGUUGCGCUUAGUACUGUAUAUUGACAUAGACAAAUUGUCUAAAGUUUAUUACCUAAUUUUGGUGACAUCUAUAAAUUGGUGAAGGCGGUUGAUAUCUCGGUGUUUAAUACUUCACACCAAACUAAUGAAUGUGUAUCUUGUGUAUGCAUAUUUAUCUCUUAACCAUGAUUGAUUGA